GAUGAAAUCAGUGCACAGUGGUGAGGGUGAUGCUCCUUUGAAUAAAAAGGCCACAGGUCAGGAGGAACAGGCAGGAUGUGGUAUAGUUACACAAUACACCAGAUGGCGCUAUACUUUUUCUGUCAUACAUUAAUUAGUCCCUUUCAUUUUCCUGUCCGGUGUGUCACAGUUUCCAAUAUGGCGGCAUCCAUAGCCAGGUUUUUUUCACGUGUAUCGUGGCAUGGUUCUUGUAUUAUUUUGAAAAACACACUCCCAUGUAUAUCGUUAAGAUACACGUUUCAUCGCUCUGCAACAACCCAAAGUGGACUUCUUUUUUCGCUAAAUAAACGGGGCAUUUUGAAGGAUGCUUUCCCCGAAAACGCAGCCCAAGAUCAACUUCCUCAACUGCUGCAGUCUGGGUGCCAGACCGUGUACUGCGGAUUCGACCCCACCGCGGACAGCCUUCACGUGGGUAAUUUACUCGCCAUCGUCGGGCUAUUGCAUUUUCGAAGCGCAGGACACAAUGUCAUCGCUCUAAUCGGUGGUGCAACAGCACAGAUAGGAGACCCAAGCGGGAAAACGAGCGAGAGAGAGCAGCUACCGUCUGAUGUAGUGGAGGACAAUACAAGGGCUAUCAGGGACAGCUUGCAGCGAAUCUUCACCAACCAUGAACUGCAUUUCCACAACGACUCUAAAAAGCUUGGCACUGUAACCCUAUUGAACAAUUUAGCUUGGUACAAAGACUGGAAUGUGGUUGCUUUUCUGUCAGAAGUUGGCAGACGUUUCCGAAUGGGGACCCUGCUCAGUAGGCACAGUGUCCAGUCCAGGCUGAAGAGUGCAGAGGGCAUGAGCCUAACUGAGUUCUCUUACCAGCUGUUUCAAGCUUAUGACUUCUACCACCUGAACCAGAAUCAUAGCUGUAAGAUCCAGCUGGGAGGGACAGACCAGCUGGGCAACCUGAUGUCUGGGCACGAGUUUAUACACAAGGUGACUGGACAGGAUGUGUAUGGGCUGACCAUCCCACUGGUGACCAGCUCUGCGGGGGACAAGCUGGGGAAGACAGCAGGCAAUGCAGUGUGGCUGAACAGGGACAAGACAUCUCCGUUUGACCUCUAUCAGUUCUUCCUCAGGCAGCCUGACAGCAGUGUGGAAUGGUAUCUGAAGCUGUUCACCUUCCUACCCCUGGCCGAGGUGGAGAGGGUGAUGGAGCACCAGAGACAGGAGCCAGGCAAACGGCCCGCACACAAACGCCUCGCCGCCGAAAUCACCAAACUGGUCCACGGUAAGGAGGGUCUGGAGAGUGCCAAAAGGUGCACCAAUGCCCUGUACCACAGUAACAUACAGGCCCUGGAGCAGAUGAGCGAUGCUGAGCUGCAGGAGCUCUUCAGAGAGGCCUCUUUCCAUGAGCUGCUGCUGGAGCCAGGGACCACAGUACUGGAUGCCUGCCGCAGGGCAGAGGCCAUCCCCCAGGGGGGCAAAGGGUAUCGCAUGGUAUCAGAAGGAGCUGUAUGGAUCAACCACAGUAAGACAGACAGCCCAGAGCAGGUACUGAUCCCUGGUCAGCACCUCUUGGCCAACGGACUUUCUCUCCUCAAAGUGGGCAAGAAGAACUUCCACAUCAUCAAGUGGCUCAAUCUGUGAGUGGCACUGGGACCUUAAAACUACUAUGAACUGUUUGUGGACUGGAGGUAGGAACGCUAGCUGGGAGGCUUAGGUGAAGGGAGAUGGAUAUUGGAAAUGGACCUGUAUUGUUUCAAUACACCUGUUGGUGUCUGAGGGGAUUUAGUGCACUAUAUAUGUGUGGAUUGAAUGAUGCUGUAAGAUGUGGUAUUAAGUAUAUAAGUAUAUUUGUUCGGUUUUUGUCUUGUUAGUUGUAUGUUACAUACUGUGUCCGUAAACUGUUUUAUUUUUGUGAUCAUUCGAUAUUAGAUAGCAGAUUUGCCUACUAUUGAAUUUCACCACUAGGUGUCAGUAUUGUCUUCUCUUUCAAUGAGGACCGGGAAAAGCCUCCUUUAGCAAGCCUGAAGCAAAGCUCGGUUGUGAGACCCUAGUUACAUCCACAAAUUAAAAUUCAAUGGCAGAAAUAUCUUACAGCUAAAAUAAAUGAUAAUUCAAAAUAAAAAUAAAUGACAAUAGGAAUGGGAAAUUAAGGAAGUAUAUUUCCUGAAGAAAAUGUGUGCUUGCUAGCUUGUUUUAAAGUAUUUAUGGUUUUUGAAAUAAGUUAUAGUAGUGGUACUGACUAAUGGUGCGCGGGUCAGCUGUUUGUUCACCCGCACCCGCCCGCAAUUGCUAAUAACCCAUCUGCAACCGCACGACUACAUGUGAUGAAAUAAGAUGGAGAAAAUGCGCUAUAGGCAUGAUUUAGUCAUGAUUCUGCAUAUAAUUUCCGACAUAUUGGUAGGUUAUUUGUUAGUCAUGAUUCUGCUUAUAAUUUCCAACAUAUUUGUAGGCUGUUUGUUAGUCAACUUGCCAAUAAUUGGAUGCAUGUAGCUUCUCUUCUGUCAUUAUUAUGUUUCCCUAAAAGACUACAUAAACCCUUGCUCACCAGAAUAAUGUAAUAGAUCCCUAGAGUGAAUUCUUCAAUCUAGUUGACAUGAGUCAUGUUUUUUCCGUCUUCUUUUGCAGAGCAAAUACGUUUAGGGACUGGGGAGAAAAUACAAUGACGCAACAACAACAAAAAUGAUUUCUGUGCAAAAUGUCCAAAUGACAUCAGUUUGACCAGUUGUGAGGGAAAAGAAAGUUGUGAAAAUGACCCAAAGUGUUUCUUAUAAUAUUUCAGUUUGGCUUCCAUGCAUAUUUUAUGUGUUUGAAAUACUAUCAGCUUUUAUGCUGUUCUUAUGAUGAAGACAGCACCUCUGCAGAUCUAUCUAACUGAGCAAUGCAUUCUAUCAAAAUGCAGAAAGAAAGAAAUCAUAUUUCUCCACUCCUGUUCCUAAGUCCAAAUUUAGCCUACAUUUGGUGUAUAAUUUUACUGUAAUAAAUGCUUCAUUCAGCAGGAGUUAAUAUUAAGGCUAUGUGAGAGGUUAUAGAUCUAGAGUCAGUGGCCAGAUUUCAGUUUCCAUUUAACCCAUCUGAACAGUUCCCUUGACGUGCCAUAGGCCUAUUUGAAGUCCCGUCUUGUGACUGUGGGAUUUAUACAGCGCCUCACAAUCAUCACACAUAACAUCCUCUUUUACCACUUCACCAAAUCUUUCCCAAACAUGACUUUUCUGGCCCUUCCUUUUCUUUGUCAACUCUUCUUUCACAGCUUUGGUCUUGUUGAAUUAAACUUCCACAAUGUCAUUUUUAACCUCCGUGGAUUGACAUUAACUUUUUCCUCCCGUUCCCAAAAGCAUUAUUUGGUGAUUGGCUGUGUAGGCUAUUUGGAGCAUACAGUUAAGAUCUAGAGCUUAGGUUUAUGCACUAAUACCAGGUAGCCUAAAAUAAUGACAGAAAAACCUCAAUGUAGCCUAUAUAAAUUGCACAAGAAUUAUACAUUUUUUAUGGAUUUUUUUUUAAAGGUAUUGUUUCUCUUUGUUCAACCCGCCUGCCACGCACCCACCCUUCAGCCACACAAUAUUUAGUGACCCUAAACCCAUCCGCCAUGUGGAUUAUGAGUCAACCCGCGCAUCACUAGUAGUGACUCCAGUAAUAAUGGGUGGUGAUAGUAGGUUAUAGUUGGAAAAGUAUGUAUAUGGAAAGAUUGAUUGGCUGAUUGAUUGAAUGCAUAGCUUGAAUGGUGUCUCGCUUGAAUGGUGUCUAGCUUGGUGGGUGCCGCUACCAGAUGCAUAUAGGUGGAACACAGGCUUGGUGUUUGGGGUAUUUUUUAUUUGGUUGUUGUUAAAAUAAGCUGUUAAUGUGUUUCAACACAUGCUUUCUGAUUUUCAUAGUUGUAACAAAGGCACUCCACAAAUUAAAAUUGAUUGAACACUUGAA